GGGGACCUCGGCGCGGGCGAGAGCCGAGCGGCCGGGGGCUCCCCUCCCCCGCUGCCGGGCCGUGAUUUGCCGGGCCUGCUGCGCCCCCCGCCCACCCCUCGCCUCAGCCGCCGCCUCGCCGCUUCCCCUCGUCGGAGCGGCCGCUCGCCCGCCCGCUCGAGGCCCGCGGGGAGCGCGGCGCAGUCCGUCGGCCCACGGGGGGGCGGCCUCCCGGCAUCUUCGCGGCGACCAAGGACGACCGGGGGAGGAAGCGGCCGGGAUGGCGCGUCCGCGGCCCCGCGAGUACAAGGCGGGCGACCUGGUCUUCGCCAAGAUGAAGGGCUACCCGCACUGGCCGGCCCGGAUUGAUGAACUCCCAGAGGGAGCUGUGAAGCCCCCAGCAAACAAGUAUCCUAUCUUCUUUUUUGGCACCCAUGAAACUGCAUUUUUAGGUCCGAAAGACCUUUUUCCAUAUAAGGAAUACAAAGACAAGUUUGGAAAGUCAAACAAGCGGAAAGGAUUUAAUGAAGGAUUGUGGGAAAUAGAGAAUAACCCAGGAGUGAAGUUUACUGGGUACCAGGCAAUUCAGCAGCAGAGCUCCUCAGAAACUGAGGGAGAAGGCGGGAACACUGCAGAUGCGAGCAGUGAGGAGGAAGGCGAUCGAGUAGAAGAAGAUGGAAAAGGCAAAAGAAAGAAUGAAAAAGCAGGCUCAAAACGGAAAAAGUCCUACACUUCAAAGAAAUCCUCUAAACAGUCCCGGAAAUCUCCAGGAGAUGAAGAUGACAAGGACUGCAAAGAAGAGGAAAACAAAAGCAGCUCUGAGGGCGGAGACGCCGGCAAUGACACAAGGAACACGACUUCAGACUUGCAGAAAACCAGUGAAGGGACCUAACUACCAUAAUGAAUGCUGCAUAUUAAGAAAAACCAUAAGAAGGUUAUACAUUUGGUUGUCUAAUAAUCUUGGAUUUGAUAUGAACCAACACAUAUUCCUUGUUGUCAUUGACAGAACCCCAGUUUGUAUGUACAU